AUGACAUUCCCAGUAUAUACAGACCACGAUGAAUUGAGCAAAGAGGAAUUCAAGGAAAUAAAGGAAAAGUGUUUUGAAGGCACAAGAGAGUAUUCAUAUUCACCAUAUUCCAAGUUCAGAGUCGGUGCUGCGAUAUUAGCAGAUAACGGCGAAUACUUCAUAGGUGCAAAUAUCGAAAAUGCUUCCUAUGGCGCUGCCAUAUGCGCAGAAAGAUCGGCUAUAGUCCAAGCAAACAUGCAUAGGAAUAAAAAGUUCAAGGCAAUUGCUAUCUCUAGCGACUCGAAAGAACCGAUCUCUCCCUGUGGAAUUUGUAGGCAGGUGAUUAGAGAGUUCGGGCCAAAGCUUCCAGUGUUCAUGUUCGCUUCCGACGGAUCGUUCAAAAAGAUGUAUCUCAACGACCUUUUGCCGUUCAGUUUUGGACCAGAGAAUCUAGGAAUUAACCCCUAG